AUGACCACCACAAGUACACUAAUCCAUCGAUCAACGCUUCUAAUUCUUCGUCGACGUCACAGAUCUGUCGAUGUUCUCACGAUAGACCGCCCGUUUUUCAGUAGUUCAAAUACCCAAGGAGGAGCCAGCACACCGCCAGGAGCAUCUGUAACACCGAGUGCAGGAGCUGCUGCAGUGACGACAAGUUAUGGAUAUAUUUCUGAUAUGUUCAAAAGUUUUGUAUCGAAAGUUGAGAAUCCUCUGAAUUACUUGAGUGUAGGAACAUCGAAAGCAAUCGGAAAAGAAGCUAUAAAAGUUGAAUCAAAGACACAAAUAAUUCAAAAAUCCAACGAAAAUCGUGUAUCCCGUUCUGAAGUGACUGCGAAGACACGUGCUCUCAUCAAAAGAAUUCUGGUAUCUGAAACAUCGACAUCUCGUUUGACACGAGUUCGAGAUCUCUCUGAACACAUAAUGUCAUUUCCACCGACUCGCAUCAUCGCAGCUCAAGAUCAGACGCUAAUCGCUGAGUUGUUAGAAAUGGUGAUUUAUGGAACAAGUGAUCAGUUGAAAGAGGAAGCGAGACAGUGUUUGACACUUAUUGGAGUACAACCAGCGCCUAAAGGAAGAGGAGUCAAUGUUUUGUCGAUUGAUGGAGGUGGAACACGUGGAAUGAUGGGUCUUGAAGUGCUUGAAAAGAUUGAGAAGCUGUCUGGAAAGAGGAUUUGUGAACUAUUCGACAUGAUCGUCGGAGUCUCGACUGGAAGUAUCAUUGCCGCAUUGCUCACAUGCAAAGGAUAUACUGUAGCCGAGUGUCGAGAAGCAUAUAUGGAUGUAUCGAAGAAACUUUUUACUCAAGGAAAGUUUCAAGGUGGAAUCGGAUUGAUUCUUCAGCAUUCCUAUUAUAAUACGAAUCUCUGGGUUAGUAUUCUGAAGAAAAUGAUCGGCGAAGAGGUGACAAUGAUCAAUACAUCGAAGAAACUUCAUACUCCAAGAUUGGCUAUCGUUUCUUCGAUUGUCAAUUUGCCAACUAUUCAGCCCUAUAUCUUCCGAAACUACGAUCAUCCAGCUGGACGAGAUUCUCAUUAUCGUGGUGGAUCUGAGCAUUGUCUUUGGAAAGCAAUUCAAGCCUCAGCAGCAGCUCCAUUAUAUUUCUCAGAAGUGAAAUUAGACAAUUUACUUCUUCAAGACGGUGGAGUCUACGCGAAUAAUCCGACUGCAAUCGCAUAUCACGAAACGAAACUUCUUUGGCCAAACGAGAAAAUAAAUUGUGUUGUGUCAGUGGGAAAUGGACGAACAGUGACAUCUGUUGAGCCGACACCUACCAUAACCUCCACUUCUUUUCAAGAUAAACUUCUCCGAAUCAUCGACAGUGCCACGGAUACAGAAGGAGUCCAUAUGAAUGUCCACGAUAUGCUCCCAGAUUCAGUGUACUAUCGCUUCAAUCCAUACAUGACUUACGCCUAUGGACUCGAUGAAAUCGAUCAGGAACGACUUGAACAAAUGGCGAGUGACGCUGAAUUCUAUGUGAGAAGAAAUUCGAGUAAACUGGAAUCAGCAGCUCAAAGAUUGUGUUUGAGACCGAAUAUGCAACAAUGUGUUCAUCGGAAUAUCAAGGAAUGGUUGGAUUUGAAAGGAUUCUAUAAGCCAGCAUAA